GCGCCAUGACGCUGCGCCGCGGGCGGCUCCACCCAGCUCGCAGCUCGGCCAAACAUGGCGAUGGCGUCGCUACUCUGAGCCGCGCUUUGCCUUCUUCUGCCGGACAAGAGCGAGAGAAAGAGAAAAGAAAAGAAGAGAAGAACGAAAGAAAGUGAGAAAGAAAGCAGAGCGGCGGGAAGCGGACAUGAAAAGAUGAUGCGGGGUAUCGGCGGGGAGCGCGGGGCCGGCAUGGUGCUGUGAGCGAUCCGAGCGGCCGUCUCUCGGGAGCCGUGCGGCGCUUCGCCUCCACUGCUGCUGGACCGUGAAGGAGACGCCGGGAGGAGCCGCGCCCGGCCGCCGAGCGCAGCGAUGGCCGAGUCGCCGGUGGCGGUGAAAGUUCCCGGGAUGCAGAACAGCCGGGCUGACCCCGAGGAGCUCUUCACCAAGCUGGAGCGCAUCGGCAAGGGCUCCUUCGGCGAGGUCUUCAAGGGCAUCGACAACCGCACGCAGAAUGUGGUGGCCAUCAAGAUCAUUGACCUGGAGGAGGCCGAGGAUGAGAUCGAGGACAUCCAACAGGAGAUCACCGUGCUCAGCCAAUGUGACAGCCCCUACGUCACCAAGUACUAUGGCUCCUACCUAAAGGGAAGUAAACUCUGGAUUAUUAUGGAGUAUCUCGGAGGUGGCUCAGCUCUGGACCUGUUACGUGCUGGUCCCUUCGAUGAGCUGCAGAUUGCCACCAUGCUGAAGGAGGUGCUGAAGGGGCUGGAUUACCUGCACUCUGAGAAGAAGAUCCACAGGGAUAUCAAAGCGGCCAACGUGCUGCUGUCCGAGUCCGGCGAGGUGAAGCUGGCUGACUUCGGUGUGGCGGGGCAGCUCACGGACACACAAAUCAAGAGGGAGACCUUCGUUGGGACCCCCUUCUGGAUGGCGCCUGAGGUCAUCCAACAGUCCGCCUACGACUCCAAGGCGGACAUCUGGUCGCUGGGCAUCACAGCCAUCGAGCUGGCCAAGGGGGAGCCGCCCAAUUCAGACAUGCACCCCAUGCGCGUCCUCUUCCUCAUCCCCAAGAACAACCCCCCCACCCUCAACGGCGACUUCAGCAAAGCUUUCAAAGAAUUUGUGGACUCGUGCCUCAACAAGGAGCCUGCUUUUAGACCCACAGCCAGGGAACUUCUGAAGCACAAGUUCAUUGCGAAGAAUGGCAAGAAGACGUCCUACCUGACAGAGCUCAUCGACCGGCUGAAGCGCUGGAAGGCCGAGGGCCACAGCGAUGACGACUCCAGCUCCGACGACUCCGACUCGGAGUCGAGCAACAAGGAGAAUGACCAGUCGCAGCCGGAGUGGUCCUUUACCACCGUCCGCAAGAAGAAGCCUGCCUCCACGGAGGUCUUAAAUGGAACGCUUCCCUUUCAGGACCAGGACCUGCUGAAGCGAUCUGCCAGCCUGUCUGCUGUGAUCAUGCCCGUAUUCACGGAGCUCAAGCAGCAACAAAAGGAGGGCAAUGCCAAGAAGGGCGUGAUUGAGGAACUGGAGAAGAGAAUCCACAUGGCCGAGGACCUCUGCCCCGGCAUCACCGACAAGAUGCUGAGCCGCAUCGUCGACAAGUUCCAGAAGGUUUCUGGAAAAUAAAGGCGAGUGGAGAAGGUGGAGGAGAAGAUGGCCAAGGGGAAGAUCCACCCAGAGCCGCCACCCCAGCAUCCUCUCCCAGGAUCCUCUUUGGGAACUGCCUCCAUGUACAUUUGUGAAUAUCUUGCCAAACAGAAGCUUGUUCUUCGGAAAGGCAGGCGGCGAUGGACCCCGAACCCUCAAGUGCUGUUUAGGCGCGAUACUGUUGGUGGAGGGAGCUCUUCUGCUAGUGUUACUUUUCUGGUUUAUUUUUUUUUAGUUUUAUAGGCCUUUGCUGGAGGCAUUUGUGUGUGAAAGUUUAAGUGCUGAUCUUCUGCUGAGCAUAAGAUAGUAGUUCCUUCAGACAGAGUUUUAUUUUUGACGUUGUCUUGUUUCACUGCUACGAUAUCUGUUGGAGUUAAUGGGUCGCCUGGGCGUCUCUCCGUCGAAUGGCCCUCACCGGGACCAUGUGCUGGUGCAGGACGGAGAAUCAUACAACCUGCUGUAAUCAUUCUUCAUGGCGACUCAAUUGGAAUAAUAUACCUCACAGUUUAUACAAAAGCGAUCUGAUCUCUAGCCUGAGAAUAGCGGACGACUAUCAUCCUUUGAUGCGUUAAGUAGCUGUUGGUGUUCCCCCCCGGCCUCCGGGGGAGGCCUUACAGGGGGGGCAGGGUUUUACUUAUUCUCUAAACUGUGGAGGAGGUUCUCAAAAUUCAGCUCAAAUUACCGAGGCCUUUUUAAAUGCCAGCGCCUGGAGGACAGGACUUUUCAUCUACCGUGGCAGUUGGAGAAUCCUGAAACAGGGACGCACUUUACACUUUGACCUUCAGAGAGGACGGGGGAGUAUCUCAUGCUUUUAAGGAAUUUUUUAAUGUAGGUUUCCUUUUUGUAGUAGUAGACCUCAAGGAGGGAAAAGUGUCAUUUUUGGCCAGUAGCAGAGGCUCCAGUCCCCCACUUAUCAGAAUUUUCUUUUUGUUUUGCUCCAAAAUAUUUUGGUAGUUUAUAGGAACUAAUGUUUGUGCUAGAAGCAGACGUUAUAUAUACAUUUUAUUGGGAAUUUCUCUUCUUUUUGAACAUUUGUGGUCUUAGGAGCAAUUGAUCUGCCGAGCUCUUCAAUUAAUUCAGGCCCAGCUCUCUAUGACAAAUGCCAUCGCAGUUCUGGCAGUGACACUGCUCCUAGUGGUAGGGAGGAGACAUGCCAACUGAAUAUCCAAUGGUGCCUACAACUAAAGGUGGCUGUAUACUCAAAACGAGGUCCGGACAAAACGAACUCCAACGCGUUGGCGAGAACAGUCUGUCACACACUCAAAGCGAUGCUGCUGCCUUGUUCGUUCUGUGUCACGCCACAACCCUAGAGGGUGCCAAAUAUUUUUGGUUUGCAGAUAAACCUACUGCGGCGAGUGCAGGAGUCAUUUCAAUAAAGGAGAUGAUGGCUCUUUUAAAACCGAAGUUUCUCUCUUGUAUUAACAGCCACUUGGUUUAAUAUUACCAGCAGCACAGACACGGAAGGCAGUAAUUUACACGACGCCCACAGUUGCACGCUAACGAAACACAUUCCACCACAAUUACGACAUUGACUAUUUACAUAAAUCCACAAAUACACACAUUAAUUUACACUUUAUAAAGUGCAGUGCGUGUGGUGCAGAAUGUGCCCGAAACUGCAUAUUUAAUCCUGCUGACCAACCCCCCGGGGGCAUGUUUACGUCAGCCAAUCGAGGACAGUGGGUGGGAUCAGAGCAAACGGGAGACGUUUCCGUCGGGGACCCUGCACAGGCGGUGAUCGCCAUGGUGAUUACGCGUCGUACCACGCCGUAUUGCCAAAACGACGUCGAUUUCGUCUGAAGUAUACGGCCAGCUUAAGGAAUCGUACUGAAGUUCUUUAUUUUGUUCUAAUGGUCAUAAGAUCUUUAAAUGCUUUAAAUUGUGAUAAUAAAUGUUGCCAGGCAAUUUUUGAAAGCAAUAAUAUUUGGAUAUAAGAUAUUUUUAUAUUUCUGUACCACAAACCGACAAGAUUUUGUAAAUAUCCUUAAUCUGAGCUUUAUGGGAAUUGCAAUGGAAGUUGUGUUUGAUUUUAUUGCAGAGCUGUUAAGCGUGUAUCUUGUAGACUCACUAAUCUCAUGGAUCUCAUCUGAAACUAAUUUUGGUUUGGGUUAUACAAUAAACGUUUUAAGCUUA